AUGGUGUUUUUGAGGAGUCGCCGAUGGACAGAAAGACAUCGUCCAUACAGAAGGCAUGCUGCUGCAUUGGACAACACUAUUGAGAAGGAUGUCGCCCCUGAACCAUUAACUGGAGAAGAGGUGUUGGCAAGGGUUGAAGGUUUGCCUCGUGAGUUUGGUAAAGCUAAAAAGCCUGCCAAGCGAUCACCUGACCAACCAAGACCUUGCUGGAAAAAAAAGAGUGUCUUCUUUGAACUUGAUUACUGGAAAUAUAUUCCAGUACGCCAUAUUCUUGAUGUCAUGCACAUUGAGAAGAAUUGUUGCGAUGCCAUAAUUGGUACCCUCUUGAUUAUGCCUGGGAAGACCAAGGAUGGAGUGAAUGCCCGUUUGGACAUGGUCGAUAUGGGCAUCAAAAUUGAUGUAAAAGUGGUAGCUGGUGAGAAAAAGACCAAAUUGCCUUUGGGUAGUUGGAACUUGCUGCAUAAGGAGAAGAAAAUAGCGUGCGGGUCCUUUUUUGGCAUGUCAGUUCCUACAGGCUUCUCCUCUAAUAUUAGGAGCCUAGUCUCGAUGGCAGAUUUAAAAUUAGCUGGUCUUAAGUCACAUGACUUCCACACAGUGAUGCAAUACCUUCUUCCGGUUGCAUUGAGAUCAGUUUUAGAGAAGCCUGUUAGGUAUGCCAUUAUUCGGUUUUGCCUUUUCUUUAAGGCAAUUUGUAGCAAAGUCAUAGAUGUUUCUAGACUUAAGCAAAUGCAAGCAGAUCUGGUUGAUACGGUUUGUUUACUGGAAAAGUUCUUCCCACCUUCAUUUUUCGACGUAAUGAUUCAUCUAACACUCCAUCUUGUUAGAGAAGUUGAAUGGUGUGGUCCAGUGUUUUUCCGAUGGAUGUACCCAUUUGAGAGGUACAUGAAAGUGUUCAAAGGGUAUGUAAAAAAUCGACAUUUUCCUGAGGGGUGCAUAGCUGAGAAGUACAUUGUCGAAGAAGCUAUUGAGUUUUUGGAAGACCGUGUCCUUUCUCAAAGUGGAACCACUGUGGGAAUUCCAUCUACAAGCAUAGCUAGACACUACAAACAGAGCAGACCCUUGUCAUGGCCAACCAUGGUAUCUGUUUAUGGAAAGCAGAUGCACCUUGCACUCCUUUGUGUGUUACAAAAUACUCAAGAUGUCCAGCUGUACUUCAAAGAGCACAAGGAAUACUUGAAGUUAAUUUACCCAAAUCAUGUGAAGAACAAGAAGUGGAUGAGGGAAAAGGAGAAUGAAACAUUUCCAGACUGGUUAAAGGAAAGGGUUGUAAAUCAAUUGAGGUUAAAACCUAAUAAUAAUAUUUCACAAACAGUAAGGUGGUUGGCUGCCGGCCAAAAAAAUGUAGUGCCAACUUAUGCUGCUUACCAUGUCAAUGGAGUUGACUUCAACACCAAAGAGAGAGACAACGUCCAUUCAUUUCAGAACAGUGGUGUUACAUUACUUGCCAAUGCUAUGCAAGUUGCAAGUGCGAGGGAUCAAAAUACAUCUGACGGUGUUAUGGACUUCUAUGGAGUUAUUAAAAGUAUAUGGGAGGUUGACUACUAUAAGUUUAGGGUUCCAAUGUUCUACUGUGAUUGGGUAGAGAGUACUAGGGGCGUCAAAGUAGACGAACUUGGGUUUACGUUGGUGAAACUGAAUAGGUUAGGGCAUUUGAAUGACCCUUUUGUGUUAGCUACACAUGUGAAACAAAUAUUUUAUAUUGAAGACCCCCUAAACGCUGAAUGGUUAGUUGUAGUGAGGUGCCCGAAUAAAGACUACCGUGGGAUUGACGAUGACGAUGAGGAUGAUGACUUAGAGGAGGAACAACUUUUUAUUCCAACAAUGUCAUCAGUUGACAUCUUUGAUUAUGUAGCUGAGAAUAACCCUAGUGGACAUAUGCGAGAUGGUGAUGAAGGAAUAUGGGUUGAUAACAGUAGUUUGCCUCCUGUCAAUGAAGGCAAUGAUAGCUUGCCUCAUCAUGAUGGCAAUGAAUGGAAUGCUAGCUAA